GCAAUAAGGUAAGUAUUAGCGACAUUAAUUAAUCAAUUAGCAAUUAGAGUAUCAGUCGGUGCCGCUCGGAUGUCUGGUUAAGAAAUGGGAGCCGGUAUAACAAGGAUUGAUGACUCAGAAAGAAGCAACGUCACUGAAGAUUUUCUCAGAGUAAUUGAAGUAAACAGACACGUACACUAUUGGUACAUAUUGAUAAUCUCAGUUAUUGCAGCUAUUGGAAAUAUAUUGGUAAUCAGAUCAGUAUCUAUAAGAAAAUAUAAAUAUCUUCAGAAAACAUGCAUGAUAUCACUGGCUUUGUCGGAUCUCUUGACUGUUAUUCUUUUUGCAAUGAAUUACCUGGACCUUCUAGGAAAAGAGUUAAUAACAUGGUCUUUUGGUGAAUUUAUGUGCCAUGCUCUUCCUGUUGGACAAGUUGUUGGAAAUUUAGCUAGUUCUAUCGCACUCGUGGUGAUUGCAUUAGAUAGGUACCACAGUAUCAUUUAUGCUCUAAGCAAAAAAUGGAAUCCUUCUUGGCGGAAAUGUUUAGUAGGAGCAGUAGUACUUUGGAUAAUAUGUAUAGGUAUAUCAUAUCCAAUGGCAACUUUCUAUUUCCACAUACCUUUACGCAUUCCAAGUGGCGAUGUAUACCUCUGCACAGGAACUACAGUAUCAAGAAACUGGAUUAAAGCUUACUAUGUGAUCAUCAACAUGCUGUUCUUCUGUCCAGUCAUAAGCAUGUUUUUCUGGUUUUAUUUCAAAAUAGCAGUGAUCGUGUGGCGACAUAGAAAACCCAUUUCUGACAAGAUGGCCGAAAGGGCUGAUGAUUCUGAGAAUAUUUCUUGUAGCAAGAUCAGUAAUGAUGCUCCCAUAAAAGUAAUUGCCAGACCAACUCCAAAAAGGAAGAACGUCCAUAUGGAACGAAAAAAACGAACAUUUAAGAUAGUAAUUAUAUUGAUUUUUGCUUUCAUCGGCUGCCGUAUGCCCUACUGGUUGUUUUGGGUGUACAAAAUGUAUUUUGUGAGCAGAGGAAACACAAUAUGGACAUUAACUUUGAUUUUUACAGGGUUAAAUCUAUUGAAUUGUGCUAUGAAUCCAUUUUUGUAUGCAUACCUGAACCAGACUCUCUACGCCAUAAAGAAAUUAAAAGAGUUUGUCUGUAAAAUAUGUUGCUGUUGUUUCACAAACGCGGAAUUUGAGGAUUUCGAAACAGGGAAACCCGUCGUUGAGGGUGUUAUGGGGUAUAAAAAUAGGUGUGCUACCAUAGAACAACGGUUAGGAUCGAGUGAAAAGUUUCCACAAGCGCCUAACUUUCAAAAAUGUACAUUAACAGAAAAGUUUUAGUAAAUAAUAUUUUACUCACUGUCUUUAUCAUUAAUAUUUUCAAACUAAUAUAAUGAGGUAACAAUUGAUUAUAUAUUAUUUAUCUUACUUAUAUUAAUGUAUUAGGAAACAAAUAAAAAAAACACAAAGAUUAAAAUAAUAUAGGUUGCCACACGCUUUAGAGAAUGUAUUAGAUGCACAAAAUAUUUAUUUUUUAUAAA